GUCUCCAUGUAAAAAUGGCGGUCUGUGUGAAGACGCUGAUGGUUUUGCAUCAAAGCUGACCUGUCUCUGCCUGGCCGGUUUCACUGGACAGCGCUGUGAGACCAACGUAGACGACUGUCAGAUGACGCCAUGUGCCACUGGGGCCACCUGUGUGGAUGGCAUCAACCGCUUCUCAUGCCUGUGCCCCGCCGGCUUCACCGGACGUUUCUGCACCAUCAGUCUGGAGGACUGCUCCAGCCGGCCCUGCCUGAACGCUGGCCGCUGCCUAGACCGGGCCAGAGGUUUCCACUGCGUCUGCCAACCUGGCUUCACCGGAACAACCUGUGAGAUACCAGUGAACCGCAGCAACGCCAGCAUCAACGCCAGCAUCAACGCCAGCACAAACUCCAGCACAAACCCAGGCCACCGGAGUCCAGGCUGGGAAAGACCUGUGUAUGACGACAGGCCACUGAAAGUGACUGUCAGUGAGCGCAGCGCUGCCAGCCUGUCAGACCUGCAGCUGCUCGUUGUUCUGGUCCUGCUGGGUGUGACUGUGUGUGUGGUGCUGUUGACUGCCAUCCUCAUCAUGUGGGGCCGCUGCAGAGACUGUGGACACGCCCCCUGCUGGCCAUCACCAUCACAACAAGGUGAAAGGAACAGCCGACAAGCACCACGUGAUGAUCCGGAGAGUCAAAGCAGCUUCCUGACCGCAGCAGAACCACAGAAGAAGAAACUCAACGUGGAAGUGAUUCAGACUUAGUUUCACCUCAAAGGGUUCAGCUACUUCCUCUCUGCUUGAAUGUGCUCAGAACUGGACUGAACUGGGCCCGAUCAGCAGCAGGUGAAAUCUUGUCUGUCAGGAUCAAAACAUCUGAGUAGUUCUGGAAACAGAAGACGUUCUGGGUUGGUUGGAGAGGAAAGAUCCACAGAAAAAUUACAAGAGAAGAAGCAGACAAAUGUAUCUGUUUGGUGUUUCUGAGUUUGAACUGAAUGAAGCUGAAACACUGAACUGAAACACAGUGAUGUCAUUGUAAAUACUGUAUAUUAUUAUUUAUUGUAUAAUGGACAGAAUGUGUUCAGCCCAGAAGGACUAACAGUAAAGUUCAGCUCCAGAA